AGUGUCUCCUCUCCACCGCUACACUUACUGCAUCUUAAGCAGCUGCUGUCAAGGGACAAACCGAGAGGUGAAACCCCAGCUGUCACGUCCUAAAUACUAGAGGAAUAUGCUUUAUAAACCGUAACAUUUUCAGAAGACGGAACUACAGGAUUACAUCAUCCCAGGCAGCUUUCCCCCUUCAGCCCAUCAUGUUAUCCAGACUGAGGACAACUCUGUCCCUGAGGCCUUGUGUUUCUGCCUGCAGAUGGGCACACACCAAAGAAAAGGGCAAACCCCUCAUGCUCAACCCUCGUACCAACAAGGGCAUGGCCUUCUCAUUACAGGAACGGCAGAUUUUGGGAAUACAUGGGCUCUUGCCUCCCAAAGUGGAGACUCAAGACACUCAAGCCAUGCGUUUUCAGAAUAAUCUAAAGAAAAUGACAGACCCAUUAGAAAAAUACGUCUACUUAAUGGGCAUCCAGGAAAGAAAUGAGAGACUCUUCUAUAGAGUUUUAAUGGAAGACAUAGAAGAACUGAUGCCAAUAGUCUACACUCCCACAGUAGGACUGGCCUGUACACAGUAUGGACAUAUUUUUAGAAGACCCAAAGGUUUGUUCAUCUCCAUCCGAGACAGAGGACACGUUCGCUCCAUCAUAGACAACUGGCCAGAGACCAGUGUGGCAGCUGUAGUAGUGACUGAUGGAGAGCGUAUUUUAGGAUUAGGUGACCUGGGCGUUUAUGGCAUGGGCAUCCCUGUAGGAAAACUCUGCCUCUACACUGCCUGUGCAGGAAUCAGACCUGAGAAGUGUCUGCCAGUGGUGAUAGAUGUCGGUACAGACAAUGAGACUCUCCUCAAAGAUCCUCUGUACAUGGGCCUGUACCAGAAACGAGACCGUUCCCAAGCGUACGAUGAUCUGAUCGAUGAGUUCAUGGAAGCGGUGGUGGACAAAUAUGGACAGGACACACUGAUCCAAUUUGAGGACUUUGGGAACCACAAUGCCUUCCGUUUCCUUAGGAAAUACAGGGAGAAAUACUGCACGUUCAAUGAUGAUAUUCAAGGCACUGCCUCUGUAGCUCUUGCUGGUUUGUUAGCGGCACAGAGAGCUGUUGGCAAACCCAUCACCGAACAUCGGGUGCUCUUCCUGGGAGCUGGAGAGGCUGCUCUUGGUAUUGCCAAUCUGAUUGUCAUGGCCAUGAUGGAGUCGGGGAUGACUCAAGCAGAGGCCAGAAAAAAAAUCUGGAUGUAUGACAAACAUGGGUUAUUAGUAAAGGAUAGACCCCAGGAGACUGAUGCUAACCAGGAGGCAUUUGUCCACGACAGUCCAGGAAAUGUACAGAGCUUCCUGGAUGCUGUCAACACCAUCAAACCCACAGCUAUCAUAGGCGUGUCAGGCGCUGGAAGACUAUUCACCCAUGAUGUCCUCAAAGCCAUGGGAACUCUGAAUGAGCGGCCAAUCAUCUUUGCCCUGAGUAACCCAACCAUUAAAGCAGAGUGCACAGCGGAGGACGCCUACACACUGACUGAUGGUAGAUGUCUUUUUGCCAGUGGCAGUCCAUUUGGUGCAGUAACCCUUAACGACGGCCGUGUGUUCACUCCUGGACAAGGGAAUAAUGCUUACAUCUUCCCAGGUGUGGCCCUGGCUGUUAUCCUGAGUGGAGUCAGACAUAUUAGUGACACAGUAUUCUUAGAGGCUGCAAAGACUCUUGCAGAGCAGCUGACAGAUAAAGAGCUUGCAGAGGGCAGACUCUACCCUCCUCUCUCCAACAUCAGAGAGGUCUCGGUCCAGAUGGCCAUCAAGGUGAUGGAGUACGUCUAUGCAAAAGGCAUGGCAUUCCGUUACCCUGAGCCAGUGGACAAGAACGCUUUUGUACGUUCUACUGUGUGGAACACCGACUACGACUCCUUCCUGCCAGACACCUACGACUGGCCUGGUGUCUGCUUUAGCCCCCAAAAGUAACAAGCAGUAGAACAAACCAAUGACUCACAGUCCCAUGUCACAAUGUCUUUUUCUUCUUUUGUUUUCCACUUAACCCUUAUUUGCAGAUCUUUUGAGAUGAUGAAGAUGCAGAUGUGUUUUCAUGAAAAAGUCUGCCUCUUACUGCUGCAUUUUGUAUUACAUCAGUCUUAUUAGAUCUGCAGAAAGCUAGAGUGGAAAGGAGCACUUAAAUGAGAAGGGCAUUUGAAUGGGAAUUCUUUGUGCAUCACAUCGCAGUAUUUCAUCACCUUUGCAUGACAUGAACCAGCUCCACCUGGUGGCGGAAAAUGGCAAUAUGGAUAUCUGGUUUCUGGUUGACAACAUAACAAAACACCAAAGUCACAUUAACACCCAUGAUCUGUAGCUGCUCUAAGUGCUUUCCAACCAAGAAGCAAAUCAAAUACCAAAUAUACAUCAAGCAAAUAGAACAUAAGGUUGAUUCAUUCACACUUUGUAGUAGAAACAUUUGCAACACUCCUGUAAGUUAAAUAAGAGGCAGAAGUGACUCCAUUUCUUCUUUUCCAUGUGUUUUUAUUCCUUAAUU